AUGGCACUAAAGAACUACAGGGCCGAAGAUAAGAUAGCGGAAUUCUUCGCGCAAACGACAACGACACAAGCAAAAUGCAAUACACGAGCCAGAGAGCUUGUCGGUGGUGAUGUGAUACCAGUCAGUAUCCAGGGCUCUUGCAGCUAUACUGUAUACGCCGGUACAAAGCAAGAAUUUGUUGUCCAAUUCCGACUCAGAUCCGUCCUGUUGGAAAUGAAGACAGUUGCUCUCGCUCGUCAAAUUUAUGGAUCCUUGGUUCCAUGGACAACUUGCCAUGGCCAGAUGGGUGACAUGGUAGAUGGUAAAGAGUGUGUGAUUAUCUAUGUCAUGGAUCGGGUGCAGGGCGUCAGUCAGUUGGAAUUUCAGUUAUCGCAGGAUGAAUCGAACUCACUUGAGUUUUUUGCUUGGAGACAGAAUCUGGUAUCUGAUCUGGCUAAAUUCUUUGCCAAGGCGUGGAAUUCUCCGGUGCAUGUUGAUGAUGAGGUGCGCGAAGCUCUCCAAGAAAGAUAUGAAAGGGAUUUAAAGCUGCUAUACCAUGCCUUACCUGAUCGAUUCCGUCCUAUCGUUCAGCGAUCGCUUGAUUCGUUGCCUGCCAUCAUGUCACUUCCAACUGUGCUUCUUCACCAAGAUCUCGGGGUAUUUAACGUGAUGGUUGAUGAAGAAUCUCAUCUGGUGGGAAUCAUCGAUUGGGCAGAGGCCGAGGUUGGUCCCUUUGGGAUCAAUCUUCAUUUUCUCCAGCAAACACUGAGUGAACUUCACCUCAAGCAUGGAUGGACUAGACGUGACGACUAUGACGCCUUUCAUCGGACCUUCUGGACUGGCCUGAAGGAGGGAACUGGCCUUGGUGAAAGUGAAAUCCCGAAGAUCGAGAUGGCAAUGACUGUUGGUCUUCUACUAUCUCGUGGGUUCACAUGUAGACUUGCCGGCAUGCCACCUCCAGUGCCUAUCCAGGAUGACGAGAAGGGAGCUUACAACCUGCUGACUUUAGAUGGAUUUUUGAUCAACCCAGAGACCAAAUUCAUCCACUAG